CGGUUGACAUAGGUAACCAUUCUCUCUCGGUUAUGGAGUCAGACAACCCACAGCUAUGUCGGACGUACUUUCACCAAAUUUGGGAAAUCACCCUCUAAUAUUAGCCCCAGGCCGGUUAUCAUGCUACACCAGAUCGCACCCCUAAACCACUACCUAUUAGGCUAAAACCCUCUUCCCUCCCCUUCACAUAUAGGCACGAGCUUUCUAUCUACACUUGAUUCCGCAGCAGCUAUGGCGUGGCGUGGCUCUAUUUCCAGAACGCUGAUCUCCACUGUUCGGUCCUCCACCGUUCGAUCCUCUCCGCCCCUUUCUCGCAUCCGUCCACCACCAAUCGCCGGCUCUCGCUCCCAAUCCCGCAGCUUCUUCUUCACGGAUCCCAGGACUUUGGGUGGCCUAGCGGCGGCACAAUCGCUGAUGCCUCUGCUUAGCACGACGGCUGGACCUCGGUUGACAUCGCAUUUGAAGGUCGACGUGCGCGCUUGCUGCGAGCUGUCUCAUGGUACCUUUUGCCGUACUUGUCAGGAUCGCUAGUGGUUUCUUUGCACUUGAGCUUAGUUUCUUUGGGAUUUGACGGGAUAGAGCUUUUUGGGGGCUGUCUUUGCAGCUGGUUACUGCAACCUCUCUGAGAUGUGAUUUUGGAUGCAUAAAAUAAUAAUAGUACGCUAGCCAUAUGUUAAGUUUCAAAGUAGUGACCAGCAAUUCUUUUUCUUAUGAAGUUUGAGCUUUGGAAUUGUGCUAUUAAUGUUUCUGAUUUGGGUUUUACAAUUAGCACUGAAUAUAUAACUUUCAAGGGU